UCAUGUCUCGUUUUGCACGCAGGUUGAGUUGGUUGUUCGUUUUCCUGCUUCGAUUGGUAAUCUUUUUGUUGGUGGUUCUUGGAAACUUAAAAUGAACACUGUUUCUUCCGGUGUAAAGCGCUUCAAGCGUGGGGAUAUGCUUGCUGAUGUAAUGCCAUUCGCUUUUGUCACCCUUCCGCAUGCAGGUCAUGAGAUCUGUGACCAUUGCGCUGAGACUGCUGUUGCAGAUUUUCGCUGCUUGGAGUGUCACAUCGUGAGCUAUUGCGGUGAAAAGUGCCAGAAGGAGUCGAGGAAGUUACAUGAAUUCGAGUGCGAAGUUCUGAGCAAAACUGAGGAUUUCGUGCCAUUCGUCUUGACUCAUGCACGUCUUUUGGUCAAGGUUCUUCUUAGGAUGGAGUACGAAGGCGGAUUGAAGAAGUUCAAACUAUGUCAUCCGAAUCACGCGCUGACCAUUCAUGGCAUGCGAUCAGACAUUCAACGGUAUGAUCUCCGCGAGGCUCCGUCUCCAUUCUUGUAUGUGAAGGAAAUUCUUGACAUCGUUUGCUCGAUGUACAAAAAUCGAGAGAAGAAGAUGCCUGCUGUUCCGAAGCUCAUGGAUGUCUACAAACGCUUGGUGUUGAUCUCGAGGUUUGUGGUGGACGUUCACGGAAGUCAACGAGGAAGGGCGGUUUACCUCGGACUUUCGGAAAUUCAGCAUUCCUGCGAUGCCAACGCGGUUACGAUGUUUUCGAAUGGAAAGUUGAGGAUACGAGCUUCCCAGGAUAUUGCCGGGGAUCAAAUCAAAGUCAAAUUCGCCCCGGACGAGUUUUUGUCGACCGCUGAGCGACGAAGGAACCUUUAUGUGUUCUUCGGUCUAGGGUCGUGCGAUUGCCGUUUUUGUUUGGAUACGGAUCGGGAUGGGAAGAUGACGGCGGCUUUGUGUUUGGAGUGCGGUGGCGCCGUUCCGAUGCACGUGGACUAUGCCGAAGAACUCCGAGAGUUUGUUUUGACUAGCGGACGAUCGAACUGUUCGUCCUGUGGCGCGGAGGCAGAAUGUUUUACCUUCCCCGAAUUUGUUGAAGCCGUUAACGGCGCCGCGGCCUUCUUGAGCAAUUGUGCUGCCGACUUGGAGGAGUCCGUCGACAAGUGGAAUCGUCAGCUGGUGAUGUCUUGCAAAAUGUUGGAUUCUUUGUUGACGGUUUUCCAUAAGAACAAUAUCUGGAUCGCCCGCAUCCACCAGGUUGCUGUCCGAGCCGCAAUAGCGUUGAGACAGUGGAAAAUUGCGCGAUUUCAUGCUCAAGUGGUUGUGAGAAUUUACACAUUAUUCACGACCAAGGAUGAUCUGUUUCUUGCGAUGCAAAACUUGACGCUCGGCAAACUCAACUGGAUGUUGGGUGACUCGAACUUGGCCCGGAACCUGUGGAAAGUUUCUAAGGAAACUUUGAAGGAAUUUCACACCGAUGAUGAUCCGAAUUACCUUAAGGAUAUCAAACCCUUUAUAGAUCCUGGUGACGAGCCUUUGACUGAAGAAAUCUUGCUGGCAUCUUUUCCGUUGAAAUUGUUUUCACAUCCAGAUGCGACCAUGAGAGAGUUGACGAAUCCGUCUGGUAAGCGACCGACGUUGAAGCCGGGUGAGAUUAUUCUCACCGACAAGCCGUUCGCGCACGUUUUAGCAAAUAAGUUGAGGAAAGAAAGAUGCGAUUGGUGUCUCGCCCAAACGAGUGUGAAGCGAUGUUCAGGUUGUCAGUGGGUGUAUUAUUGCGGGAAUAUUUGCCAAGUCUCUGCAUGGAAGCGGGACCACAAGUUCGAGUGUUCGUUGAUCAAGAAGGCAUCACCCAGGGAGCUUCCGAGUUUUGCGAGGCUCAUGGUCAAAAUAUUGUUCAGAUUGAAGAAAGGCGAAGACCUCGAAGAAGGGAAGAUUUCGAAAACAAGGCGUCGUGUUUUCAGAGAUUUGAUGUCACACUAUCCGGAGAUUAAAGAAGAUCCACGCCGACUUGAGCAUUUUCAAGCUGUUUCGAAAGUACUGGAGGACUUCUUUAGACAUUCUGAUUUUGUUCUUCCAAAUGCUUCGGAACUUCUGGGAAUUUUCGGCAGGAUCUCCGUGAACUGCUUCAACUUAGUGGACGGAGAAUUCACUGUAAUUGGCAGUGCAGUCUACUUGGCCGCAUCCAUCUUCGACCAUUCUUGCGACCCAAAUGCAGUCGCAAUCUUCAAUGGUCACAACCUGGAAAUAAGAUCUAUAAAGGAAAUCCCCGAUUUCGACUUGAAUCGUGUAUUCAUCUCUUACAUCGACCAACUGCAAAGCACGGUGGAUAGGAAGCGAGAAUUGCACUCUGGUUACUAUUUUAGCGCUGUGGAUUUAUCUUUAUGCGUGAUCCCGGUUCAAGCUUGUCCAAAGCGUCGAUUCCCGAUCCCGUUCCUCUUUGAAGACAAGCUGGAGGAAAUAGAAUCCGAGCUGUGUGCCAAGUGCCAUAAAGAAAUCUCCGUUGAAGCAAUCUCUGACUUUCUUGACGUUCAGACGUUUUCCCGCGAGCAACUGAAGAUUAUGAAAGAUACGACGUAUUUGGACGUUUGUCGCGGAGUGCUCAACCGUCAGUCGAAGCUCUUUCACCCCGUGAACAUUUGGAGAAUCCGAACGCUGGACGCAGCUUUCGAUGCUGCGAUUAAUUUGGAAUUGUGGUCCGAAGCUUUAGAAUAUGGACGUCUGUCAUUGGACGGUUAUCGAGAAUAUCUGGGAUCUCAUAACCCAAUGUAUGGACUCCAACUGCUGCGACUUGCUAAGUUGGAAUUUUUGCUCAACGAAGACGCUGAAGCUCGUGAACACGUGAAAACCGCUGCAAGAAUCCUCUCGAAUUCGCACGGAACCAAUCAUCCAUUUUAUUCGCAACAAGUGCUACCUCUCAUCAUGCAAGCUUGCACUUUGGAUACAAGUUGAACAGGUCUAAUCCCCAAAAAUAUUACCAUUGGGGGAGCCUCGAGAUGUGGACUUUAUUCGUGCUUACACCUUGCCCCUUCGUCGGAAUGUCCGUAACUCGGAUCGCGGUUUCCCAUAGGCUUCAACGGGAUCAUAUUCAAUUGAUUAUGCUGUUCAUCGAACACUAUAGGAAUAAAGUCUCCAAAAUUGAAUAAAAAUUGAUUUAUCAACUUAAAGAUACAGAGAAUAACUCUGCGGAAGAAAAUCACAGAAAACGUGAUCUUCUUGCAUUUGAAGGAGCUUAAGAAGCAAAGAAAAAGAGCAAGUCUACCUAUAUAGCGCACAAGUGAUUAAAAAAUCUCUAAAAAAAAAGCAGCGCAAAAUUAGUCUUUUUUGGCCAUGAGUUAGUCCGUGAG